AUGAACAUUGGCGACUCUCCACUCUUCAAGGACAUGGCACGUCCUGUGCUACUGCAGACCUCCGCGCCGCACGACACGGAGCCCAGGGCUCGUAGGGGCGCCAUGGACUCGGUCGUUCAGUUCCUUCUCAACCGAUCCCGAAUAGACGUAUCCAGAAUCCGCAUCGAGAGAGCAAGUGAAGAGUACGACGCCCAGCAAUCCGUUGCCCUUCAUUGUGCACGUCUGAUUCACAUUGGCAGCUCAUGCGAUCUUACCGUGGAGUUCCGUCUCACCAAGACUGGACCGAUUAGGAGCACGGUCAGCGAAAUGGACGUCAGCCUGGCCUUCAACGGCUUCUGCUUCGCCAGAAUUCGACUGCCUACGGUGAGGACCAGCUUCUGGGGGGCCAAUGUCAGGAUCCAGGAGCAGCGACUACACAUCGCCGACAUGGCCACGUUCAAGUCAUACAUGCGAAGCAUCAUAAUGGACGACGAGACCAACUUUCAGCUCGAGCAAGGGAGAUGCACCGUGGCUGCUCUGGGGGUAACAGCGAAUUGCGACUAUCGCAUGAACAUACCCAUCCGCGGCAUGGGAGGGCCCGAAGCAAAGGUGCAAAGCUUAAAGCGCGUCGGUGAAGACUUGACAAUGGUGCUCAUCGUCGAGAACCCGAGUCCGGUCGAGGUGGACCUUGGAACCACGGUCUUUGCGCUUCGAAGCGGCUCCUCACAGCCGUAUGCUGAGCUGAAGGGACCCCUGACAAUCGUUCGAGGAAAAUUUGGCUGUGUUCUGCAAGGCAAGGCCAGGACCGGGGCAACCUUGUCAACCAGAAUGAGACUGACUGGCAUUUGUGCGGAAGAGGUGUCGUGGUGCCGCGAAGCAGUGCCGUUCUUGGAUCUGGCUGUUGAUCUGAGUCCCGGUAUCGUUGCGGCAGCAGAUGCAGGGCAUUGA